AUGGGCGACCCCAAGAACUACCUCCACCUCGCCCGGCCCCUCGCCCCAGCACCCAUCGCAACGCAACAAUCCGCCGUCACUGCACCCGUGGCAGUCACCCUCCAACCUCAAGCCCUCUUCAGCAUCCUCGACCACGCCUCGCGCCGUCCAGCCGACCAAGAACGCGUCAUCGGCACCCUCCUCGGCACCCGCAGCGAAGAUGGCACCGAAGUCAGCAUCACCAACUGCUACGCCGUCCCGCACACCGAGACCCAAGAGCAAGUGGAAGUGGACAUGGACUACCAAAAACGCAUGCUCGAACUCCAUCUCCGCGCUGCUCCGAAAGAGGUCCUGGUGGGCUGGUACGCGACGAGCGGCGAUCUCAACACCUUCUCCGCCUUGAUCCAGAACUUCUACUCCCAGCAAGGGGAGGGCACAUGGCCACACCCCGCCGUCCACCUCACCGUCUCCACCAUCGCCGGUCAAGAUAUAGAGGCGAACACCUAUAUCUCUGCCCCCAUCGGAGUAACCGCCGAACGAGCCGCCGACUCCUGCCUCUUCAUCCCCGUGCCCCACGAAAUAAAAUACGACGACGCCUCGAAAUCCGGUCUAGAGCUCAUAGCCGGCGCCCGGGACCGUGAAGACCGCUCCCAAAUUCUCCAAACAGACGUCGAGACCCUGGAGCGCGCAAUCGAGCAAGUACUAGAAAUGCUCGAGCGGGUGGCGAAUUACGUUGCGGAUGUGCUAGACGAGGAGCGCGAACCCUCGACCGCACUGGGCCAGUUUCUACUCAACACAUUAUCCCUCGCGCCCAAAGUCAGUCCCGAGGAGAUUGAGAAGGAUUUCAAUAAUCACAUUCAAGAUGUCUUGCUCGUGUCGUACUUGGCGAAUACUAUCCGGACGCAGAUCGAUCUCUCGAACCGACUUGCCACGGCUGCCUUGACGAUGGGGACUGGUGAUGCGCCGGCGGGUGAGGGCAAGGAGGGUGGCGAGGGAGGAGGGAAGGGACAGGGACAGGGGCAGAGGCAAGGUGGUGGUGGUGGUGGUGGAGGACGUGGUGGACGCGAGGGAGGUGGGCAACGCGCUGGACAAGCUGACCGAGGCGGUCGGCGCGGUGAACAGUAG